AUUCAGUAGGUUAAGCACGAACUACUAUCGAAAAAACAUUCGUAUCGUUAACGUAAGCAUUUUGUAUGGAAACUUGAACAGCGCCUCUGGUGUGCGUAAAUGAAACUAAUUUCCAGAGCACGAACACUUAGACGUAAGUUUCGUAUCGUCAUCGUAUCGAAUACGCAACGUAACUUGAGCCGUUUGUAUGAAGAUAGCUAGCACGAAGGCAUAAAAUGACGUAUAGUAUCGUAAUUGUCGAAGGCUGGCUUGCGAGUUUCACGAAUGUUUAUUCACUUAAAAAAUUUCAGUGAGAAAACUUUCGUCAGAGUGAAUUUAGAGAAUAAAAUAGUAAUUUAAGUGAUUUUGUUGAUUUAUUUGGUGAGAAAAUGCUUAGAUUAAGACGGAGCACCCCACGACGUAGUACAUUGUACUAUUAUCUUGCGGCGCGAUUGAUUGUUGAAAGUAGAAAUGUACAAAGAGAAACAAGAGAAAUCUCAAGGAGAGCUCGUCUCAGAAAAAAUAUGGCAAAUGAUAUCCAAAAUCUAAGUGACACGGAAUUUAAAAAUAGAUUUCGUCUCAGUAAGGAAGCAUUUUUUUACUUAUGUCGCGUAUUGAAAGAAGAAGCCAGUCUAAGAUCAAGUAAAAAAAUCAGCCUGGAACAUAAAGUGCUGUGUGCUUUAUCAUUUUAUGCUACAGGCUCUUACCAAAGAAUAGUUGGAAUGGCUAAAUAUUUAGGGCAAACUACUGUGAGCAAAUAUGUGAGGCAAGUUACUGAUGCUCUUGUUACCCCUUCAAUAUUAAAUACUUUUAUACAAUUUCCAGCAACACGAGAGCUGAGAAAUAUUGUUAAAAAUAAAUUUUAUACAAAGUUUGGCAUCCCUGGAGUAAUAGGGUGCAUUGAUGGGUCUCAUUUUCAUAUAUUCACCCCAAAAAGAGAGAUAGAACAUUUGUUUUACUGCAGGAAGCAUUUCUACUCGCUGAAUGUGCAAAUGAUAUGUGACAGUGAAUGCAGAAUUUUGAAUGUUAAUGCCAAAUAUGGAGGGGCUACCCAUGACGCUUUUAUUUGGGAGAAUAGUCAAGCCAAUAGGUAUAUCCAAGACUUGAACCAAAAUAAUGAACAAGUGUGGUUUUUAGGUGAUUCUGGAUAUCCACAGAGGCCUUGGUUGAUGACACCAAUCACGGAUGCCGCUGAAGGUACUCCAGAGGCAAAAUAUACUGCCAUCCAUGGGAAGGCCAGAGUUGCAAUUGAAAAUACUUUUGGCAGACUCAAAAAUAGGUGGAGAUGCCUUUGUAAAGACCGCACAUUACAUUACACCCCUGAGAGGUGUGCAACUAUUAUAUUGGCAUGUAGCGUUUUACACAACCUCGCAUUGGAUUUUAUGGUGCCCGAUCCUGAAGAGGAUUUCAUAAAUACUUCAUCAGCACUUUCUUUACCAGAAGAAUCUUUUCGGGAGCAUGGUUCUAGAGAUGACUUAAUUCGUGGUAGAGCCAUAAGGAACAUGUUAGUACAUAGGAUUGAUAGACUACAUAAUAUAAGUAAUUAAUUUCGCUUUUUAUGUGAGCAUUUAAAACUCCAAAUAAAGGUAUCAUUAGAUA